AUGCUGGCCCUAUCUGGGGAAGUUAGUGAUCGCGUCCAGUCGCGUUUGGCGCGAGUUCAGCUCACCGCAAACCUCUCGCCGACUCGUGUUCACCAUCGUCUUGCUUCAUACACUCCUUUGAAACCCCAAACACCACAAAAAUCGCCCUUCCAAGCCGUCAACAUGUCCGCCACGCUUUUCCGCCGCGCUGCCGUUGCCCCGCGCAUUGUCGCCCGUGCCUUCAGCACCUCCCCCACCCACAACGUUGCCCGCAUCUCCAUUAUCGGUAACCUCGCAGAUACCCCCGAGCUCCACGCCACCAGCACUGGCCGCGAGAUCGUCAAAUACGCAGUCGCCAGCAACAGCGGUUCCCGCGAGAACCGCCACACCAGCUGGUUCCGUGUCACCAGCUUCGCUCCUGAGGGACCCGGCCGUGACUUCCUCCAGAGCCUGCCCAAGGGAACUAUGGUUUUCGUCGAGGGCGAUGCCUCCAUGAGCACCUACCAAGAUGCCGAGGGCAAGACCCGCAGCUCUCUCAACGUUGUCCAGCGCAACAUUGAGGUCCUUAGACGCCCUGCCACCGGCACUCCCGCCAGCGAGUAA